UCUCCACCGACUCUGGAGCAGCCUGCGCUUGCCAGCCUCCCCCCACCCCAACCCGCCUCCUAGCCCAGCACCUCACCCGGUCCCCCGCCCCCAGGCAGGAACACACACACACACACACACACACACACAGAGGCACGCGCGUCCACGGGCGCGCGUGAACACAGAGGCAAUGCAGCUUUAAAAAAGGGCCAGUUGCAGACUGAAAGGCUGAUCCACGUGAAAGCUGGUUUGUUGCUAUUGAUUGCACCUCGCGUGUUGACAAACGGCCCGGGCACCGUCGCUGCCGCUGCCUCCGCUGCCGCGGCUGUCGCUACCACCGCCACCGCCAGGGCUUUGCAGUCCGGGGCUGCAGUUUGCAGGGAAGGAGCGGAGGGAGCGGAGCCGGCGCGUGCUGCUUUAAUUCCACGUCAGCUCAACUUUGAUCAAUAUCCCCCUGCCGGCGGCGGCCCAAUCGGAGGCGCCUGCCCAGCCAGCAGCCAGCCAGCCCGCAGCCAGCCAGCCAGCAGAGAGCCAGCCGGCUAGCGAGCGAGCCCGCAAGCCCGCAGCCUUGGCUUCAUCUCCUGCUUUUCCCCCCACCCCUAGCCGUACCGUACCCGUCAUCUUUGGGGGAAAGUCUAGGAGAUUUAAAAAACCAUUCUUCCUAUUCUUUUUAGGGACAGGGAGAGUAAUUGCUAUAGCCAUUAGAGCUUCCAGAUUGGUGUGAAGACAGAAGGAGGGAGGGGGGCUGAUUGAUAGAGAGGGGUAUAGAGGAAAAGAGAAAGAGAGAAGAGAGACAGAAGAGUGAGAGAUAGAGGAGAGACUAGAGAGGAGAGCCAGUGAAAGAGGGAGAAAGAAGAGAGAAAAGUAAGAGAAAGAAAGAGAAGAGAAAGGGGGGGAACAGGAGAGAGAGAGAGAGAGAGAGAGAGAGAGAGAGAGAGAGAGAGAGAGAGAGAGAGAGAGAGAGAGAGAGAGAGAGAGAGAGAGAGAGAGAGAGAGAGAGAGAGAGGAGAAGAAGAAGGAGGAGGAGGAGAGGGGAGGGAAGAAGAGAAGAGGGGAGGGAGGGAGAGGAGGGAGGAGGGAGAGUAGAGGAGAGAGAGAGAGAGAGAGAGAGAGAGAGAGAGAGAGAGAGAGAGGCAGAGGCAGUGAGAGAGAGCCAGGGAGAGGGGAAAGGAGAGAAUAAGAAGAGGAGGAGGUGGAGGAGGAGGAGAAAAGGGAAGACUAGUGUGUGGGGCAGAGAGGAAAAGCAAGUUGGGGCGCGGGUGGAGAGAAGCCUGAGAAUUCUUUUUCUGCUUCCUUUCCCCCAAUUAGAAUCCUUUUUCUUUCCCUCUCCUCGGUUUUCUUUUUCGCUUCGUCCCAGUUGCGCCCAUGCAUUUUUCAGUCUCCGUUUAGGGAAGGAAGCAGGGCAAGACUGAAGAAAAUGAGGCAAGGCGCGCUCCAGACCAGCUGCCUCCUGGUCCUGGGCUUCUUGGCUCAUUCUUUCGGAGGAUUCCCCAACACCAUCAGCAUAGGUGGACUCUUCAUGAGAAACACCGUCCAGGAGCACAGCGCUUUCCGCUUUGCCGUCCAGUUAUACAACACCAACCAGAACACCACCGAGAAGCCCUUCCAUUUGAAUUACCACGUUGAUCACUUGGACUCUUCCAAUAGUUUCUCUGUGACUAACGCUUUCUGCUCCCAGUUCUCCAGAGGGGUGUAUGCCAUCUUUGGAUUCUAUGACCAGAUGUCAAUGAACACCCUGACCUCCUUCUGUGGAGCUCUGCACACAUCCUUUGUCACACCCAGCUUCCCCACUGAUGCUGAUGUGCAGUUUGUCAUCCAGAUGCGGCCAGCACUGAAGGGCGCCAUCUUGAAUCUGCUGAGCCACUACAAGUGGGAGAAGUUUGUGUACCUGUAUGACACUGAAAGAGGAUUCUCAAUCCUCCAGGCCAUUAUGGAGGCUGCUGUGCAAAACAAUUGGCAAGUGACCGCGAGGUCUGUGGGAAGCAUCAAGGAUGUGCAGGAAUUCCGGAGAAUCAUUGAGGAAAUGGACAGGCGUCAGGAGAAACGAUAUUUGAUUGACUGCGAAGUGGAGAGGAUCAACACAAUUCUGGAGCAGGUAGUAAUCCUGGGGAAACAUUCCAGAGGUUAUCACUACAUGCUUGCUAAUCUGGGCUUCACGGACAUCGUCCUGGAGAGAGUCAUGCAUGGGGGUGCCAACAUUACUGGAUUCCAGAUCGUGAACAAUGAGAACCCCAUGGUUCAGCAGUUCAUACAACGCUGGGUGAGACUGGAUGAAAGAGAGUUUCCAGAAGCCAAGAAUUCCCCCUUGAAGUACACAUCCGCCUUGACACAUGAUGCUAUACUGGUCAUAGCAGAAGCUUUCCGCUACCUGCGCAGGCAGCGAGUGGAUGUCUCCAGGAGAGGCAGUGCUGGAGACUGCUUGGCCAACCCUGCAGUGCCCUGGAGUCAAGGAAUCGAUAUCGAGAGAGCUCUAAAAAUGGUCCAAGUACAAGGAAUGACUGGAAAUAUCCAAUUUGACACUUAUGGACGCCGUACAAAUUAUACAAUUGACGUGUAUGAAAUGAAAGUUACUGGCUCUCGGAAAGCUGGCUACUGGAAUGAAUAUGAAAGGUUUGUUCCUUUCUUGGAUCAGCAAGUCAGCAACGACAGUUCGUCAUCUGAGAACAGGACUAUCGUGGUGACUACCAUUCUGGAAUCUCCCUAUGUGAUGUACAAGAAGAACCAUGAACAACUAGAAGGCAACGAGCGCUAUGAAGGCUAUUGCGUUGACUUAGCCUAUGAAAUAGCCAAGCACGUGAGGAUCAAAUACAAGUUGUCCAUUGUUGGAGAUGGGAAAUAUGGUGCCAGGGAUCCCGAAACAAAAAUAUGGAAUGGCAUGGUUGGAGAACUCGUCUAUGGGAGAGCAGAUAUAGCUGUCGCCCCGCUCACUAUAACUCUGGUCCGUGAAGAAGUGAUAGACUUUUCCAAGCCCUUCAUGAGUCUGGGCAUCUCGAUCAUGAUUAAGAAGCCUCAGAAAUCCAAGCCGGGAGUGUUCUCUUUCCUGGACCCUUUGGCCUACGAGAUCUGGAUGUGCAUCGUCUUUGCGUACAUUGGAGUCAGUGUCGUUCUUUUCCUGGUCAGCAGAUUCAGUCCUUACGAAUGGCAUUUGGAAGAUAAUAAUGAAGAACCUCGGGACCCCCAGAGCCCUCCUGACCCUCCUAAUGAAUUUGGAAUAUUUAAUAGCCUCUGGUUUUCCCUGGGUGCCUUUAUGCAGCAAGGAUGUGACAUUUCUCCAAGAUCUCUCUCGGGCAGAAUUGUUGGAGGAGUUUGGUGGUUCUUUACCCUUAUCAUCAUCUCUUCCUAUACUGCCAACCUCGCUGCUUUCCUAACUGUGGAGAGGAUGGUGUCGCCCAUAGAGAGUGCGGAGGAUCUGGCCAAGCAGACUGAGAUUGCCUAUGGAACCCUGGACUCAGGCUCGACCAAAGAAUUCUUCCGGCGCUCCAAAAUAGCCGUCUACGAGAAAAUGUGGUCGUACAUGAAAUCAGCCGAACCCUCGGUGUUUACCAAAACCACGGCCGAUGGUGUGGCCAGAGUGCGGAAGUCCAAAGGAAAGUUCGCCUUCCUGCUGGAGUCAACCAUGAAUGAGUACAUUGAGCAGAGAAAGCCGUGUGAUACCAUGAAAGUUGGUGGAAAUCUGGAUUCCAAAGGCUAUGGUGUGGCAACCCCUAAAGGCUCAACAUUAAGAACGCCUGUAAACCUUGCAGUAUUGAAACUCAGUGAACAAGGCAUCUUAGACAAGCUGAAAAACAAAUGGUGGUACGAUAAGGGGGAGUGCGGAGCCAAGGACUCCGGGAGUAAGGACAAGACCAGCGCUUUGAGUCUGAGCAACGUGGCCGGCGUGUUCUAUAUCCUUGUUGGAGGCCUGGGGCUGGCCAUGAUGGUGGCUCUGAUAGAAUUCUGCUACAAAUCUCGAGCGGAAUCCAAACGCAUGAAACUCACGAAGAACACUCAAAACUUUAAGCCUGCUCCUGCCGCCACAACCCAGAAUUAUGCCACUUACAGAGAAGGCUACAACGUGUACGGAACAGAAAGUGUUAAGAUCUAGGGUCCCUCCCCACUGGGAGCAUGUGACAGAAUGAUUCACCGAAAAAAGUGGCUGCUUCAAGGAUCCCGAGCCAGAUUUUUCUCUCUCCUUGGUGUCAGGCAUGACACGAAUAUUGCUGAUGGUGCAAUGACCUUUCAAUAGGAAAAACUGAUUUUUUGUCCUUCAGUGCCUUAUGGAACACUCUGAGACUUGCAGAAGUGCAAAUCAUCGUGGAAAUGGUCUUGCUUUGCUUGAAAAUCUAACAGACACACAAGCUAACAUACACACACAAGGUGGAUGGGCAAGAUUCUCAAAUGGAAAUAAUUCUUGUAAAAACAAGCAGUUUCACAAAAGCCAUUCUUUGAUAUCACAGUAUAUAUCACAUCCUCAGUAAAUGUCCAUCCUGUUCUUUGACAAAACCAAACCAAUUACCUGGAUUCAUUUCUAUGAAUACCAGCCCCUUCCCCUGCCCAUGUUCCAUCGUAGCUAAACCAAUUUGAAAUCUUUGUCUCCCAUCACUUGAGAAGCCGACUGGCACUUCUAGUAUCGGUUGCUCCCCAGAUGUUUUGAGUAUUCCCUAUCGGCAGAGAUUUUCUAUCAGCCCUAUAUCCGUUCAACCUUCCUGACAUGUGUAUAUCCUAUGACCAUGAACACAACCCUCUGAGAAAAGAGAAUUCAAACACGCUGGACCCGUGACUUCUCUGCAGUUGGUCGGCAACCAGACUCCUUGGAAGACUUCUGUGAUUUCCCAGUUGGUGAAGGGAUUCCCUCUCCCAUGGGUGGCAAGGGAACAGGACACGUCUUCUAUCAGGCAUACCUCUUGGUGCUUUUUUUCCCAAUGGAUUUCAAGCAGCUUGCCAAGAAGCCCAAUCACUUUUCUUGCUUUCCGUAUGUAUUGGAAUCCCCCAUAGCUGAAGAGUUAGCAAGCACUUAGGUGAGAGAGACGCUGCUCCAAGCUGUGUUUCGAAUCACUUUUUUCUCAGAACCAACACUGUGUUUGAGCUCUGCUUUCUCUGAUAAGUAUGCCUUUCAAGGGUCCAGCAAUGGAAAUAGGCUAGCAUUUCACAGAGAGCUUACCAUUUCCGCACUUCCUCCAGCUCACUUCUCUCUUGCUAGAUGUGGCCCACCACCUGUCAUUGCCUGUGACUGCCCUUGGCACUUCAUCCCAGAUUGCAUGCGUCCUUUCCUGGUUGGCAAAGGCGAAAAAUAAAGAAAUUCAAGGCGUGUUCUUGAUCCUACCGCUAAACAGAGAUCCUCAGCACCACUCACUUGGGAGCCUCAAGAUAGAUCAGUCUCCCCACUGGGAUGCACUGCCUAGAGGCCACUCCACUCCAUCUAUAAAUAAGUAAAUAGACCCAUCUGUACUGCAGAAUUCAACUGAGAAGUCUAAACAAGUCCAGUCUCCUCGCACUAAUCAAUUACUUUCUAGCUAGCAGUCUGCUUUUGGCAGUUUUUUAGUCUUAGCUCACUAAUGAUGAGUGCAUAUUGGAAGUGAGGAGACCAGAAAGACUGGGCCCAUUUGAGUCCUCUCCCAAAGCUGGACUCUUGGGCCCAGAACUGGAGUAUUUUCAAUUCAGUCUUCAGAAGGAAACGGAGAUGAAAAGUCCCAUCGGAUGAACCGUUAAAACCAAGAAAGUGUAACAUAAACUCAUUUCCCCAAACCGUUUGAUAAAGAGAAGAACUCACCUGGCAAGUACUAAAACGGUAUUGAACAAGGACAGAACUGUUGGGGGAAUCUCCAUUUUUUUCAUGAAACUGUGAUUUUCAGCUUUGGAAUGCUAUAUAUCAUUCCCCACAGCAGGAAGCUACAGCUGUGCGUGACAACGUUGUAUAACACAAACUGGCCUUGGACAGAGAGAAAUGGCUAUCGAUGUAAGCUGUUCCAUUUCUCGGCAUGAAAACUUCACCAGGGUGAAGGGCCGGUAACUCAGUUUGUUAUUUUUUUUUUAAUUUGCAUGUAUAAACUUUUUAAAAGUAUGGAUGGCUUCAACUUCCUGCUACUAACUUUAAGCUAUGAGAGUUCACGCAGUAGAGACUUGAGGAUUCGAUUUCUUUAGGGGUUCUUUUCCUUUUGUCAGCCAAACUGCACUAGAGUGAACAAAAAAAAAUUCCCAAGCAAACUAAUGGCUAUCAAAGCAUAAAUUGCAUGUGUGGGCAAAGUUCCCAAGCCUCAAUGUAAUGGGGGUAUUGUACGAACAAUUUUAGUACAUUUUGUAAAUAAAAUUGUAAAGAAAA